AGAACGAGUUCAGGAUGGGAACCACCAACCUGGACAGGAUCAAGGUUCUGCAGAGGAACCCGGCUAACAUCAGGAACCUCUGCAUCUUAGCCCACGUUGAUCACGGUAAAACCACGCUGGCUGACUGCCUCGUAGCGAGUAACGGGAUCAUAUCGAACCGGCUGGCCGGGAAGCUGAGGUAUCUGGACAGCAGAGAGGAUGAGCAGGUCCGAGGAAUCACCAUGAAGUCCAGCGCCAUCUCUCUGCACUACAGCACCGGUGGUCAGGAGUACCUCAUAAAUCUGAUCGACUCUCCGGGUCACGUGGACUUCUCGUCAGAGGUGUCCACGGCGGUGCGUCUGUGUGACGGAGCUGUUGUUGUUGUUGACGCUGUGGAAGGGGUGUGUCCUCAGACCCAGGUGGUUCUCCGUCAGGCGUGGCUGGAGAACAUCAAACCGGUUCUCGUCAUCAAUAAGAUGGACAGACUGAUCUUGGAGCUGAAGCUCACUCCUCUGGAAGCUUACAUCCACCUGCAGAAGAUCCUGGAGCAGGUGAACGCAGUGACAGGAACUCUGUUCACGUCCAAAGUUCUGGAGGAGCGAGCGGAGAAGGAGGAGAAGGAGAAGGUGAAGGUGGAGGAGGAGGUCUCGGGUGAAGACCAGGUUUAUGACUGGAGCGCCGGGCUGGAGGACGUCGAUGACUCCCAUCUCUACUUUUCUCCUGACCAGGGGAACGUGGUGUUUGCCAGCGCCAUCGAUGGGUGGGGCUUCAGCAUCCAGCAGUUUGCAGAGAUCUACAGACGGAGGAUGGGAAUAAAGACCGAGGUCCUGCUGAAAACGUUGUGGGGAGAUUUUUAUCUGAACUUCAAAGCAAAGAGGAUCAUGACAGGAGCUCAGGCCAAAGGAAAGAAACCUCUGUUUGUGCAGCUCGUCCUCGAUAACAUCUGGAGUUUAUACGAUGCAGUCGUUACCAGAAGAGAUAAGGAAAAUGUGGAAAAGGUGGUGACAUCACUGGGGGUAAAGGUCAUGGACAGGGACUUGCGUCACUCUGACCCUAAGGUGCUGCUGUCUGCUAUCUGUAACCAGUGGUUACCAGUGUCUCAGGCUGUCCUUGCCAUGGUCUGCAAGAAGCUUCCCAGUCCUUUAGACAUGACCUCAGAGCGGGUGGAGAAACUGAUGAGUGUUGGAGCUAGAAGGUUCGACUCACUACCUGAACAGACCCGAGACCUAAAACCAGUGUUCCUUCGAUGUUCCAGUGAGGAAGACGCUCCUGUCAUCAUCUUUGUGUCGAAGAUGUUUGCUGUGGACUCUAAGGCGCUCCCUCAGUUCAGACAGAGACCCUUGAACCUGGAGGAGAUCGCUCAGCGCCGGGAGCUGGCCCGGCAGAGACACGCCGAGAGGAUGGCGUCUAAUCGGACCGGGACAGAGGUCACCUGCUCAGAACCAGCUGCUGGUCCCAGCUCAGGUGAGGGUUCAGUUACCUGUACUCAGAUGGAAACUUUGACACUAACGGACUCAAAAGCGGAGGAGGAAGAGGAGUCGAAGGAGGUCUUCAUCGCGUUUGCUCGGGUGUACAGCGGGAUGGUGAAGAAAGGUCAACGGUUGUUUGUGCUGGGACCCAAGUAUGACCCGGUCCAGGGCCUGCGUUCGCUUCCAGAGGGCUGCAGAGCUUCAGACUGUGUGUCUGAGGUUCCUCAUCUCUCCUGCUGUUCUGUGGAGAACCUUUACCUUCUCAUGGGCAGAGAGCUGGAGGAGCUGCAGGAGGUUCCUGCUGGAAAUGUUCUCGGUCUUAGAGGACUGGAGGACUUUAUCCUGAAGUCUGCCACCCUGUCGACCUCCCCCGCCUGCCCUCCCUUUACCCCACUCAACUUUGAAGCCACGCCCAUCGUACGUGUCGCCAUAGAGCCCAAACAUCCGGGUGAGAUGCCGAAGCUGGUACGCGGGAUGCGUCUGUUGAACCAAGCGGAUCCUUGUGCUGAGGUUCUGAUCCAGGAAACAGGAGAACAUGUUCUGGUGACAGCUGGUGAGGUCCAUCUGCAGCGCUGCCUCGAUGACCUCAGAGAGCGGUUUGCUAAAAUCGACAUCAGCGUGUCAAAGCCUAUCAUCCCCUUCAGAGAGACUGUGGUUCGUCCUCCCAAGGUGGACAUGGUGAACGAGGAGCUUGGCAGACAGCAGAAAGUUGCUGUUAUUCAUCAGGUGAAAGAAGAGGUUCCUCAGGGUCGUGUAUCUGAUACCCUGCAUGUUGACACUGGUGGUCUCAUUACCCUUACCACUCCCAACAGACAGGCCACUGUCAGCGUCCGGGCCAUCCCCUUACCACAAGAGGUCACCAGUCUGUUGGAGAGAAGUUCUGAGAUUAUCCGGACUCUGGAGCUGAUCAACAUGUCCCUUAGGGAGGGCAGGACUGUGGAUCUCAGUCGCAGGACCCUGGAGGACAUUGCUGGACUGAAAGUCCAACUAGAGACUUUAUUGCAGGGAUGGAAGUGGAAGAACACCAUAGAUCGGAUCUGGGCUUUUGGUCCUCGCAGGUUCGGUCCAAACAUUCUGCUUAACAACAUUAAGGACUACACCCGGCCCUCGGUGUGGCAGUGCCUGAGUUGGCUGGACAGAACUGAUCUAGAUGCAGCUCCAGUUCCUGCUUUUAGAGACCUUGACAACAGUAUUGUCAGUGGAUUCCAGCUGGCGACUCUGUCGGGUCCUAUGUGUGAGGAACCCCUCAUGGGGGUCUGUUUUUCUAUCGAAAGGUGGGACGUCCUGUCUUCAGCUCAUCAGAAUCCCCCAAAGAGUCAGACUUCAGAGACUUCAGCAGACGGCAGCGAGGAUGGGACGGCGGGGUCCCAACAGAGAACAGACUCUUCGGACUGCUACGGACCGGUUUCGGGUCAGCUCAUCGCCGCCAUGAAGGAGGCAUGCCGCCAUGCCUUCCAGGCUCAGCCUCAGAGGCUCAUGGCUGCCAUGUAUACCUGUGAGAUCAUCGCCACAGCAGAUGUGUUGGGACGGGUUUACGGCGUCCUCGGGAAGCGAGAAGGUCGAGUUCUCCACGAGGAGAUGAAGGAAGGGACGGACAUGUUCAUCAUCAAGGCGGUCCUCCCCGUCGCUGAGAGUUUUGGCUUUGCUGAUGAGAUCCGUAAGAGAACGAGUGGAUUGGCCAGUCCUCAGCUGAUCUUAAGCCACUGGGAGGUGAUCAGCAGUGAUCCAUACUGGGUUCCCACCACAGAAGAAGAAUAUCUGCACUUUGGAGAGAAAGCAGAUUCUGAUAACCAGGCCCUGAAAUACAUGAACGCUGUCCGCCGACGCAAAGGUCUUUAUGUGGAGGAGAAGAUUGUGGAGCAUGCCGAGAAGCAAAGGACCCUCAGCAAGAACAAGUAG